UCGGAUGUGCCACUGGGACGGGAAUUUCGAACCGGGAAUCUUGAGUGCGAAUCCAAGUCUCCGAAAUCGAAGCGAGGGAAGGAGAUCGGAAGUGUCCAAUUCAAAACCUUUGGGUGUAAUUGCUCUUUACUCCCCGAGCUCCCAAGGUUAGACUCCGAAGGUCGAUCGAUCUGAGCUGAGACCCUGUCGGUGGUCGGGCGAUCUCGGUUCUCCGACCCGAAAUCAGCUCUCUGCAGCCGUCAAUCUCUUGAAUUCCCUUCCAUCGCAGGACGAUUCUUGUGCGGUUAAUUCUAGACGGACAUGUAUAAUUAGAUGUGGAAAAUUGGUGGAUUUCUGGAGAUGGGUAUGACGCUCUCUGAUGAACGGAGAUGGUUAUGAGGUCAUCGAGGAUCACUUGCGAAGAAGAGGUCGUAGUUUUCCGCUUGCGGUCGCAAUUAUGUUUGUAAUUUGACGAUCAAGUGCUGCACUUCGCGGCAUCCCGCUUCUUUUGGUAACCGGGUCGCGAUGGGGUGGCAAGAGGGCGAGGUUUAUGACGAGGAAGAAUGUGGAGUGGAAAGGAAUGUCGAUGAAGGGCAGCUCGAUGGAGCGCCUUCCGACCAGAGCUUCAGGGAGUCUUUCUUCAGCAGUGGCGAUGAUUGGACCUCACUGUAUGAAGUAGACGAGUACGGCAUGCCUUUAACCAACCAAGUCGACGACGAGGGUUUGGGAUUUGAGAAGGGAGAACAAUUUCAAUCUCAAGUUUUGGAUGCAGAGAUACUGGUGAAGGUGGAGAGCAGCACUGAGAAAAUCGAAACAGGUGGACCUGGAGUUGUCUACAACAGCAUAGUCAAAACGGAAUAUCUAGAGAAUUUAGAUGCACACGUCGGUACUAGUUCUUCAGGGAAAGCUAAUACGAUCACAACUGCUAGAAAACGCUCCAGUAAGCAGCCCUCCAGUCAGUUGGUUUCCGGAAAAUUGGUUCAGACAAAUCUCUUUGGGUUCCUGGGAAUCGCACCUCCGAAGCCAGAGCAGACAUCUAGUGGCAAGAAACUGAAACAACAGGACAUUCGAGCGCUUUUUGGAGUGGGAGUACCUUCCGGAAUUCCACCAAUUGUAAGAAAUCCCGCAGCAGAAGCAGUGUUUAUGUCCAAAUUCAAACGGCCUAGUCCAGCGGUUUCAAACCAAAUUCAAGGUCGUAAAGGCAGGGGAAAGAGAGAAUUCGAAGGGCCUGAGGUAGUACGGAAAUGCCCUUUUUACAAGAGGAUGCCUGGAACUUCUUUCACUGUGGAUGCCUUCAAAUAUGGCGAAGUGGAGGGCUGUUCUGCUUACUUCCUCACACAUUUUCACUAUGAUCACUAUGGAGGGUUGACGAAGGCCUGGAGUCACGGACCCAUCUAUUGCACACCUGUCACUGCACGUCUGUGUGUCCUUUGCCUCUACGUCGAUCCACGAUGGAUAUGUCCUUUACAGAUCGGUUUAACACAUGUGAUUGAGGGGGUGGAAGUAAGAAUGUUGGAAGCCAAUCAUUGUCCUGGUGCAGCUCUUAUCUUAUUCCGAUUCAAAAGUGGAAAUAGUAUCCUUCACACUGGAGACUUUCGAGCUUGCAAGAAAAUGGAAGAAUAUCCUGAGCUUUUGAGCAGUAGAAUCAGUACUGUGUAUUUGGAUACGACCUAUUGCGAUCAGAGAUACAGAUUCCCACUGCAAGAAGAGGUUAUAAAGUUCGUGAUCCGGCAGACUUGCAAUGCUUUGGUCAGGAACAAGAAAACUCUGGUGGUGGUAGGUUCUUACAGCAUUGGAAAGGAGCGUGUUUAUCAUAGCAUCGCCGAAGCACUUGGAGUGCAGGUGUUUGCUGAUCGUCAACGUAGAAGAAUAUUGACAUCCUUAGAUUGGCCUGAGUUAGCAUCAAAGCUUUCGACUCAACCGGACGAUACGUUCCUACAUGUUCUUCCUCUCUCAAAUCUGAAUCCUCCGAAACUGAAAGCCUAUCUUCAGACUUAUUCUCCGAAAAAGUACAGUGCUGUAUUAGCCUUCCGUCCCACAGGUUGGACGUACACAGAAAAAGUUGGGGACAAGUUAGACAUGAUCAAACCGCAUUGUAGUGGACCAGUUACAAUUUACGGUGUUCCAUACAGUGAGCAUUCAAGCUUCACUGAACUCAGAGAAUUUAUACAGUUUGUACGACCCGGGAGAAUAAUUCCUACUGUAAACGUUGGAAAGGCAUCAGAGAGACACAAGAUGCAAGCCUACUUUGAUCAAUGGCUUGCCUGAGAAUAUUCUUGAAAUAAAGUUGAGAUGUACAGUAGCGUGAACGAGGAAAGUAGGCAUGCUUGCUGCAGAUGAGGUCGCGAGCGAAUAUCGCUCGUGAGUUCACCUUCCGCACUACCUUGAUGAGAGCAAGAAUAUUAUCAGGUAUUUCAUUGCUGUAUUGCUCAAAAGUCAGAUGAUUUUGUCUGUUUUGAGUGCCUACGCCUUAGUCAGGCGUUCAUACAUUGAAUUUAGUAAAGAGCUUUUGUGCUAUUCGACGCGGUGAGGCACCCUCUCACUGUCAGUUUCCCGAGGUUGUGCGAUGUGAGGUCACCUUCAAAGUUACUUCGGUGGAUUUCUGUAAAUCGUAUACCCGUAAUCUUUUCAUGAAUUGUCGUGCGUUCCUGCGAAGGCUCGUAGCUCCGACGAAUUUCAAGCAGGCUUUGUACUUUAUUAGCCACACACUGAUCAGUCAGUAUCUGAAGGUGUUCUUGUAUACCAUUUUGUCAGCAAAUGUUCAUGCUGUCUUAAUAUUAGUAGUUGGACAAGUGCAUGAUGAUUCAUGCACUGAGGAUACAACGGAUUGCCAUUGAUGAGCACCAUAAUACGUGCUCGAUUUCGUCGCUUGUCACAUGCUGCUGUGGUUCUUCUAUAUGAGCUUUAAAAGUGCUAUGUACGGCUGCAUCACACUGACGUUUUAAGCCUAGCUGCACCCGUGGGCCUUGCGG